CGUUCUACACGCAAUGAAAAUGUUUCCUUUUCCCUGACUCUUUUUAUUAUCUUAGUAUUUUUGGUUAAUUUUUUAAAAAAUAUCUUGUUGAAUUAGACGCCUGACCUAAUAGCAACAUGUCGGGAGGAUUAGAUGUAUUGGGUUUGAAAGAAGAUGAUGUCACCAAGAUGUUGGCUGCCACCACCCACUUGGGUGCUGAAAAUGUCAACUUCCAAAUGGAGCAAUAUGUGUACAAGAGAAACAGCCGUGGAUUGAACAUUUUCAACUUGAACAAAACUUGGGAAAAGCUUUUAUUAGCUGCCAGAGCUAUUGUUGCUGUUGAACAUCCAUCAGAAAUUUUUGUUAUUUCUUCUAGACCUUAUGGGCAGCGUGCUGUGUUAAAGUUUGCAGCUUAUACUGGAGCUACACCAAUUGCUGGUCGUUUUACUCCUGGAGCUUUCACUAAUCAAAUCCAAGCUGCUUUCCGUGAACCCAGACUUCUAGUUGUGACUGAUCCAGCUACUGAUCAUCAACCAAUCACUGAAGCUUCUUACGUUAACAUCCCUGUAAUUGCUUUAUGUAAUGCUGAUACACCAUUAAGAUAUGUUGAUAUUGCUAUUCCAUGCAAUAACAAGUCUCCUCAUUCUAUUGGACUCAUGUGGUGGUUUUUGGCCCGUGAAGUUCUUCGUCUUAGAGGUACUAUUCCUCGUGAUGGUAAAUGGGAUGUUGUUGUAGACUUGUUCUUUUACAGAGAUCCUGAAGAUGUUGAGAAAGAAGAAGCUGCUGCUAAGGAAGCAUUACCUGCACCUUCAACUGUUAAGCCACUUAUGACUGGAGAUGAUUAUGUAUUGGCUAAUACAGCUGCGGACUGGAAUGAAGGUGUUGUUGUAGCUACUGCACCACAAAAUUGGGCUGAAGAUGGAACUCCUGCUCCUGUAGCUGCAGUUCCAGCAGUUGCUGCAGCUGCUGCUCUUGACUGGACGGCUGAUGAAUGGAAUACUGCACCUGCCACUGGUGCAGCCAAUACAAACUGGGGAGGUGGUUCUGCACCAAACUGGUCAAAUAUGUAAAACUUUUUUCUUUAAGAAUAAAAACACUCUUUUUGAAU